AUGUCCGGCGACGUGGCAGCGCCUAAGAAAAUGCGGCCUAGCGAACGCUGGGCACCAUUUGACGAUUGGGACUACGGCGGAAUGAGCGAACCCUUCUCCGCAGGCCAGUACUGGUGCUGUUUCGAGCUUGUCGCACCAGACGACGACCGCUUCCUUGUCGCGCGAGUUCGGCUGCCGAAACAUCCCGAGAGUAACGCCACGGACGCGGACGAGGAGUACUUGAUCCAAUGCGAAGUUGCGGCAAUGAAGUUCUUGCGAGCGAAUUCCAGGACCGUCCCAUUGCCUACACUCUACGCAUACGAAGCGCCAGGAUCUGUGAGGGCUAUCAACGCAGGCGCCGCGUACAUGCUCAUCGAAGGAUUCUAUGGUAAUUCUCUCCAAGACGUCGACCAUAGUAUUUAUAAUCUUCCUGUGUCGACCCAAGAGCACAUUUUUGCGCAAUGGACGUCAUUUCAGGCAGAGCUUGCCACUUUUACCUUUCCACAGAUUGGCUCAAUCUCACAAUAUUCCACAGAUACUGGUCCUAUCAUUGGCGCAAUCGCUACAUCUUGGAUUGACAGUCUUCCAGCCGCUGGCCCAUUCCAUUCCGGAUGGGACUACUUCGUUGCCGUGUCAAAAGGUCUUGUCGCCCAGGCACUCGAAAAGAAGCGUUCUGGCAUGGAGAAUAACCAGUUUGCUACUCUUGGACCUCUCAUCUUUCGAAAUAUCGUGCGCGACACGGAGAUUUUCAAGGGCGAUCUGAAUCAAGGACCGUUUCACUCCAAUCACAUGGACAUGGGCAUGCAGAACAUUCUCAUCGACGACGAUUUCAAUUUCGUCGCCGUGAUUGACUGGGAACUUGCGCAAUCGGCGCCUUGGGAAGUGAAUCACUGUCCCAUGCCAAUCCCGUUGAUCUCCUCCGACAGAGAAACGGCAGAGAUUCUCUACGAUCCCGGACACACGGCCCAUCGCAAUAUGCCCCGGCAGGUUGGAGCGAGAUUACUGUACCGACAGAAGUUUCAGGAAGCAGAACAGGGGCUUGAAAAGAGGGGCAAUCCACUGCGCUACUCAAUUGCUGAGGUUCUUGAGGGAACAGCAUCUAGGAUCUACGGCGUGGUUGGAAAGAUUGGCGUCUUUGAUGGCAUGGAGGAGGAGCUCACAGGCCCGGAAGCAGAACAGUACGUUCAGAGGCUGGGAGAGGAGAUGGAAGGGGAGAUGAUUGCUGGGGUAAAUUGA